AUGAAGUCACUCUCAGCCCCUAUCCGCAAGGGACCUGUCCCCUGGAAGGGGCUCCUGCUGGCUGUUUCACUCCUAAAUUUCUGGAGCCUGCCCACCACUGCCCAGCUCGCUAUUGUAUCAACCAAUUCUGCCGAAGGGAAGGAUGUGAUUCUACACACCCGCAAUAUGCCUCCUAAUGCUGCAGGCUUCAUGUGGUACAGGGGGGAAGGGGCAAACCCCAAUCGUAAUAUUGCAAUUCUUGGAACGCACAUAAGAGUUCAUACAACAGGGCCUGCACACACCGGUCGAGAACAAAUAAACCUGGAUGGAUCCUUGCAGUUAAAGAAUGUUACCCUGAAGGACACAGGAAUCUAUACCAUAGUAGUCUACCUUCCUUACACCAAAAAGGAAAUUGGAUUUGGACGGCUCGAUGUAUACCAGCCAGUGAGAGUGCCCACACUCCUAGCCAGCAACACAACAGUCAUGGAGAAUAAGGAUGCUGUAGUCAUGACCUGCUACACAGAUGCAGUCUCCACCCAGUGGUUCCUCAACGGCAUGAAUCUGCGGCUGACAGAGAGGAUGAAGCUGUCCUGGGAAAACAGAACUCUCACCAUAGACCCUGUCAGGAGGGAGGAUGCUGGGAAUUACCAGUGUGAAGUGUCCAACCCCAUCAGUUCUGUUGAAAGUGAACCAGUUGAGCUGGAUGUAAAAUUUUAG